AUGGGGAAACGUGACAAAGGAGUGAAAACGAUGUCGGGUAGGCAAAGCUGUGCUGGAAAUGGGCCAGAAUGGGCUAACUCGGAUGACACUAAGAAUGAAGAUCAUAUGGAGUUUAGUCAGGAGAGAGAUAGAAUAAGAGAGAAACGGGGUGGUGAAAGUGGAAAAGAGGGGUCAAAGAAAUUCAAAGGGAUGAUGACUAAAGUGGAUGGAAAGGAUGAUAAUUUGAAGAUAGAUGAUGAGUGCAAAGUAAUACUUAGAUUUGAGGAAGAAAAUGGAGUGCAUUCGUAUGAAUCCAGUGAAGUUGACUACGAUAUUAAAAAACCAAUGACUGUCCAGUGUAUUAGAGAUGGUCAGUUUGUGGUAGUGGUGUCUAGAGACGUUACUCUGCCUCGACUGAGUCUGGAUACGGUUCAUCUACUGGGUGGAAAUGACCCACCUUGUGCUCCUGUGGGGUCUACACCUUCCUUUGCUAUAUACCAGUUCCCUGUGACCGCAUGUGGCACGAGCGUGAUGGAGGACAGCGGAUAUGUGGUGUAUGAAAACAGAAUGACCUCCUCGUAUGAAGUGGGGAUUGGACCAUAUGGUUCCAUCACAAGGGACAGUCAUUUUGAGUUUCUCUUCCAGUGUAGAUAUUCGGGAACUUCUGUGGAAGCUCUGGUUGUGGAGGUCAACUCUGUUCCUCCACCUCCACCAGUAGCUGCUCCUGGACCUCUCAGGGUGGAGCUCAGACUGGCCAAUGGCCAAUGUGUCACCAAAGGCUGUGCUGAAGGGGAUGAGGCCUACACGUCCUAUUACAGUGACGCUGAUUAUCCCAUCACAAAAGUCCUGCGAGAGCCUGUGUAUGUUGAGGUGCACAUUAUGGAGAGGACCGACCCCAACAUUGUCCUGACGCUGGGACGUUGUUGGACGACUUCAACCCCCAGUCCACUCAGUCUCCCCCAGUGGGACCUUCUGAUCGACGGGUGA